UAUAAGUGCGGGCCGCGCGGGACCCGCCGCAGCGCCCGCGCCGGUCCCCGCCCGCCCGCGAUCCCCGCACCGCCGCCGUCCGACCAUGGCCGAGGAGCUGAUCCUGGAGAGAUGUGACUUGGAGCUGGAGGUCAAUGGCCGCGACCACCACACGGCCGACCUGUGCCAAGAGAGGCUGGUGGUGAGGCGGGGCCAGGCCUUCUGGCUGACGCUACACUUCGAGGGCCGCGGAUACGAGGCCGGUGUGGACAGCCUGACCUUCAGCGCUGUGACCGGCCCAGCUCCCAGCGAGGAGGCCGGCACCAAAGCUCGCUUCCCGCUGUCGGAUGGGGUGAGUGAGGGCACGUGGGCAGCCUUGGUGGCGGACCAGCAGGACAAUGUCCUCUCCCUGCACCUCUACACGCCCGCCGAGGCCCCCAUCGGGCUGUACCGCCUCACCCUGGAGAUCUCCACCGGCUACCAGGGCUCCAGCGUCGUGCUGGGCCACUUCACCCUGCUCUUCAACGCCUGGUGCCCAGCGGACGCUGUUUAUCUGGAGUCGGAGGCAGAGCGGCGAGAGUACGUCCUUACCCAGCAGGGCUUCAUCUACCAGGGCUCAGCCAAGUUCAUCAAGAGUGUGCCAUGGAACUUCGGGCAGUUUGAGGAUGGGAUUCUGGACACCUGCCUGACGCUCUUGGAUGUCAACCCCAAGUUCCUGAAGGACUGUGGCCGUGACUGCGCGCGCCGCAACAGCCCCAUCUACCUGGGCCGGGUGGUGAGCGCCAUGGUAAACUGCAAUGACGACCAGGGUGUGCUCCUGGGCCGCUGGGAUAACAACUAUGGGGACGGGGUGAGCCCCAUGUCCUGGAUCGGCAGCGUGGACAUCCUGCGCCGCUGGAAGGACCAUGGCUGCCAGCGUGUGAAGUACGGCCAGUGCUGGGUCUUCGCGGCCGUGGCCUGCACAGUUCUGCGGUGCCUUGGCAUUCCCACCCGUGUCGUGACCAACUACAACUCGGCCCACGACCAGAACAGCAAUCUGCUCAUUGAGUACUUCCGCAAUGAGUACGGGGAGCUGGAGGGGAACAAGAGCGAGAUGAUCUGGAACUUCCACUGCUGGGUGGAGUCCUGGAUGACCAGGCCGGACCUAGAACCUGGGUAUGAAGGGUGGCAGGCCAUCGACCCCACGCCCCAGGAGAAGAGCGAAGGGACAUACUGCUGCGGCCCCGUGCCCGUGCGCGCCAUCAAAGAGGGCGACCUGAGCACCAGGUACGACGCCCCCUUCGUCUUUGCCGAGGUCAACGCCGACGUGGUGGACUGGAUCCGGCAGGAGGACGGCUCCCUGCACAAAUCCAUCAACCGCUCCCUGGUGGUGGGGCUGAAGAUCAGCACCAAGAGCGUGGGCCGCGACGACCGCGAGGACAUCACCCACACCUACAAGUACCCGGAAGGCUCCCCAGAGGAGAGGGAGGCCUUCACCAAGGCGAACCACCUGAACAAGCUGGAGGAGAAGGAGGAGGUGCCCGAGGGGACGACCAUGCGCAUCCGCGUGGGCCAGAGCAUGGCCAUGGGCAGCGACUUCGACGUCUUCGCCCACAUCACCAACAACACCUCGGAGAGCCGCGACGCCCGCCUCCUGCUUUGCGCCCGCACCGUCAGUUACAACGGGGUCCUGGGGCCCGAGUGUGGCACCAGCCACCUGCCAGAUCUGACCUUGGAGCCCUUCUGUGAGAAGAGCAUUCCCCUUCGCAUCCUCUAUGAGAAAUACAGCGACUACCUGACGGAGUCCAACCUCAUCAAGGUGCGGGGCCUUCUCAUAGAGCCAGCUGCCAACAACUACCUGCUGGCCGAGAGGGACCUCUACCUGGAGAACCCUGAAAUCAAGAUCCGGGUGCUAGGGGAGCCCAAGCAGAACCGCAAGCUGGUGGCCGAGGUGGCCCUGCGGAACCCACUCCCUGUGCCCCUGCUGGGCGGCGUCUUCACCGUGGAGGGGGCCGGCCUCACCAAGGAGCAGAAGAUCAUGGAGGUCCCAGACCCCGUGGAAGCAGGGGAGGAAGUAAAGGCAAGAGUGGACCUGCUGCCCUUUGAUGCAGGCCUGCACAAGCUGGUGGUGAACUUCGAGUGUGACAAGCUGAAGUCAGUGAAGGGCUACCGCAACGUCAUCAUCAGCCCCGCCUAAGGGACCCACCCUAGCCCUUCCCUCAAAAUCACCAGCCCCCGCUGCCCCUUGGGGCAGAGUGGGGGGCCGUGGGGAUGUUGGGCUGGGAAUAUACUUCUGGCUCCUCUUGCGCUCUGAGCCUGCCCGCCUUAGCUGUGAGGAAUAUUCCAUCGGGUGGAUAUGUCGACCUUGGAAUGCCCUUGACCACCCCCCUGUUGUGUGAGCUCCUCCACAGCCCCUUGCAGGGGGCUGGAAGGGGUGGAGUGCCACUGGCUGGAUUGACUCGCUCAGCUCUCCAAGGGGGGGGGAGGGGUCUGGGCCUCUCCCCGGCUACCUCCCGGCCUCCACCGACCCUUGGGAGAGCCAGAGCUGGGUGGGGAUGAAAGAACGGCCCUGGUCCAAGCCCUGCCCAUGCCAGCAGCCCUGGCUCCCAGCCUCCCACCCGGAGCCCCAUCGUGAGGCUCCUGUCUUGUACCAGGCACCUCUUGGGCUCACAGGGGCCCCAGAAGUGGCAGCGUGGAGCUGCCUCCUGCAUGAGGAGGCCAGGCCCAGAGAGGGAGGCAGCUGCUCUGUGCCCCAAGGACUGUGGGCCUGGGCGAGGGUGGAGGACGCAAGGCCUGGAGCCAGCCUUCUGACUCACAGUCCAGUGCUCUCCCUGUGACACCAGCCCUGACCUGAGCGGACCAGAGCCCUGGCCACCAGGGAACCCAUCUCAAAAGGCCCGGUUGGGGGAAAGAGGUAGGGAAGAGGUUGAAGGGGUAGGAAGCGAGUGGUCAGAGCCCCGGGUUUGAGCCCCGAGUCUGGCCACAUCCUGCUCUCCCCAUUCAGAGCUUCCAUGUCCUCAUGACUAGCAGACAUUGAAGCAGCUCGUUGCUCUCUGGGCCCAGUGUUUCUGAUGCCCAGGGUGGCCUUAAAAAAUAAGCUCCCUGCUCCACACAGUUUUCCUCACAGGCCCAGCUAGCUCAGAGUCAGGCUGUGCCCGUCCUGUUGUCCCCCCCCCCCGCCCCCGUGCCCUGGGUGGCCCUGCCCCGCUCACAGGACACUCAUGUCCACGCCUGGGUACCGUGGGCCUUCGCUGCCAGCCUGUCCACCCAGCCCAGCACCCGGCACCCCAGCAAGCUCACAGCCCAGGAGCCGCAGCUAUGAGCUCACCCCGACUGCACGGUGGGCCCCCCUCAGACUGGAAGGGUGCAGGGUUGCCAUGACCUUUAGGGUCCCCGGAAUCCCUGAGGGGGGGCCGCAGGGGAAAUCACACCAAUGCCUCUAAUACUUUCUGCUUUACACAGAGAAGAAAAGCCAGAGCAGCCAACCCAUGUUUAUCUCUACAGUUGUACCAAAGCUUUGGGGUCCCGGGCAGGCAGCAGAUGCGCUUUUAAGCCAUAAAGAGCAAGCACUGAAAUAAGAGUCUAUUUUUCACAAACAA